AAAUCAUUACCUAACCCUUAUAUAAACCUAACGCAUCCUCCAUCUUCACACACGGAAAUAUAUAUCUAAUUAUACCCCCCCCCCCCCCCUUUCUCUUUCUAGAAUCAGAAUGGAACCCUCUCAUGACAUAAAAGUACAAAAUCCUCAAGAGGUGGAGAUUACAUCUCAACGCAACCAUAGUGGUAAUGGUAAAGUAGAGGCUGACAUCAACAAUGGUGUGUGCUUGACAUGGAAAGACUUGUGUGUUAUGGUGCCCGAUGGACAAACCGGUGGAACCCGAUCCAUACUUCAAGGUGUUACGGGGUAUGCCAGACCUGGGGAGCUCCUAGCUAUUAUGGGUCCUUCUGGCUCUGGAAAAUCCACGCUUCUUGAUGCUUUAGCAGGGAGACUAGAUCGCAAGACUAGGAAUACUGGUGAUAUUUUAGUUAAUGGAAUCAAGAAAACCCUAGCAUAUGGGACAUCGGCUUAUGUGACUCAAGAUGAUACACUGAUCACAACACUUACUGUCCGGGAAAGCGUCUACUAUUCAGCACAACUUCAACUACCAGACUCCAUGUCUAAAACAGAGAAGAAGGAGAGAGCGGAAAUGACGAUAAAAGAGAUGGGUCUUCAAGAUUCGAUCGACACGAGGAUUGGAGGGUGGGGAGCUAAAGGUCUGAGUGGAGGCCAGAAGAGACGAGUUAGCAUAUGUAUCGAGAUUUUAACUCGUCCUAAGCUUCUCUUUCUUGACGAACCAACAAGUGGCCUUGAUAGUGCGGCCUCGUACUACGUGAUGAGCAGAAUCGCAAGGCUUGAUCAGCACGAAGGAAGGACCAUCAUUGCAUCCAUUCACCAGCCAUCCAGUGAAGUAUUUGGGCUUUUUCAUAAUCUAUGUCUCCUUUCUUCUGGAAGAACAGUUUACUUCGGAAAGACAAGCUAUGCAAAUGAAUUUUUCACUUUAAAUGGCUUCCCUUGCCCCAAUUUCCAGAAUCCGUCUGAUCACUUUCUUAGAACAAUAAACAAGGAUUUUGAUGAGGAUAUCGAACUAGGUUUAGGUGGAAGGAAACCUACAGAGGAAGUUAUUAAAACCUUAGUAGAUUCCUACAAAUCAUCCACUACUUACCAAGAAGUGAACAAUACGGUUGCUGAAAUAUGCGAAAAGAGAGAUGAAGCACAUGACAAUAAUAAAGACCAUGCAAGCUUCUUAACCCAAUCUCUUGUACUCACGAGGAGGUCUUUCGUCAACAUGCGUCGUGAUCUUGGCUACUAUUGGUUGCGCCUUGCUAUCUAUUUAGCGUUGGCCUUAGGUCUUGGAACACUCUACUAUAAUGUUGGGUCAACCUAUACUUCGGUUGAGGCUAGAAGUUCGAUGCUGAUGUUUGUGGCUUCAUUCUUAACAUUCAUGGCCAUAGGGGGGUUCCCCUCAUUUGUGGAGGACAUGAAAGUAUUCGAACGUGAAAGAUUAAAUGGACAUUACUCAACAGGGGCUUUUGUUAUAGCCAAUACCCUAUCAUCAAUACCAUACUUGUUACUAGUAUCCGUGAUUCCAGGGGUAGUAGCAUACUACCUCGCAGGACUUCGUGACGGAUUUGAUCACUUUGUAUACUUCACAUCCGUAAUAUUUGCUUGUAUGCUGGUAGUUGAGAGUCUAAUGAUGACCAUCGCGAGCGUAGUUCCAAACUACUUAUUGGGAAUCAUAGUGGGUGCGGGGAUUCAGGGCUUCAUGAUGAUAAGUGGUGGGUUCUUUCGCUUACCAAAUGAUUUACCGGACCCGUUUUGGAGAUACCCUUUGUUUUACAUCGGAUUUCACAAGUAUGCUUUUCAAGGAUUGUUCAAGAAUGAGUUUGAAGGAGUAAGGUAUGCAUAUAACGAAGCCGGGGUGCCAAAAGUUAUGGAUGGAGAGUAUAUAUUGAGGGUAAAAUGGCAAGUUGAAAUGGGUUACUCAAAGUGGAUUGAUUUGUUGGUAUUACUAGGGAUGGUGGUGGUUUGGAGGGUCUUGUUUUGUGUUUUUAUCAUGAUUGCUGAGAAGGUUAAGUCUGGUUCAAUGACUUUGGUGUCUUCUAUUCCAGAGAAGCAGAAAGUGCAGGUGAUGGUUAAUCCUGUUGCCACACCUUCUCAUUAAGUAUUUCUUUUACGUGAUUGGAGUUUGAUGUAACAACUUUGAUGGAGUAGAGUAUGUCUGAAAAAAUCGUAAAUUUAAUAGUCGAGUUAACUGCCA